AUGUGGCGCCGAGUGACCCAGCAGCCGCAGCAGCUUAUGCUGUUGCGGGGCGAGCCGAGUUUGGCAUGGCGUGGGCGCAUGCGUGAGGCACUAUUGAACCAUGUCCGGACCAAGAGUGACAAGCGGUCUGGAAUGAAUGAAACGCUUGCCAAGCCUGCCGCUAGCUCAAGCGCAAAGUCUGCCACCGCCUCGACACCAGCGGCAGCCACGACAAUCAUUUUUACCGAUGUGGCUACCGAUUCGGCUCACAAGCCGCACAACAGCGAUUUGGUGCCGCAACCGACCACUGACGCCAUCUCACGGCUGGGCCGCAUUGCCAUGCGAGUGCGCUCGGACCAUCGUGGAUCUCGACGUACGCCAGUCGCCGCCUCGCUCUCGCAUGCACUUGCCCAGUGCCGUGUGUUGCCGCACGCGUCGAAAGUAUCUCACCGCUGGCUGGUUCUUUCCCCUCACGCUCUCGCGCAUCUUGUGGCUCAAACGCUGCACCACCGCUCGACUGGUGCCCCCGCCAAACCACCAGUCGAAGCAGAGAAGCCCGCUACAGCCGUUGCUAGCGAGACGCUACCGCGCCAACAGCGAGAUCCUGACAAGAUUGAUCUGGUCGAUCUAGAGACCCAGAUCCCAGAGGAUUGGUCGCGCAUUCGUGAUGCCAACCGAGCAUUGCGUAUGGCCAUUCCCACCAAACUCAAUCAACAGCAACCUGCCUCCACUCAGACCACUCUGAUGUUGUCCUUGCUGGGCAAUCUGACCAUUGCGGGCGCCAAAUUUUACGCCUACUCGCGCACGGGCCACUCGGCCAUGUUUUCCGAAGCCGUGCACACGCUUGUGGACGUUGGAAACCAGGCCAUUCUGGGCUGGGGUCUACGAGAAGCGGAGCGCUCUCCCGAUCGUAGCUAUCAGUACGGCUAUGGUCGUGCUGCAUUCUUCUAUUCUUUGCUCACAGCGCUUAGCACCUUUGGCUUUGGUGCCAUGUACACGUUCUAUCAGGGAACAACGGUGCUUCUUGCCCCGCCUGAAGAGCUGCAAACGUUACCCGAGACUUGGGCUAUCCUUGGAGCCGGACUGCUCGUGGAUGGCUUUGUGCUCAAGACAGCCCUUAAGAACACCCGCGAGCGCGCCCAAGCUGCAAACAUGACCGUCAAGCAGUGGAUUCUAUCGUUCAAGGACCCUUUUACAGUUGCCGUGGUCUUUGAGGACAGCGCAGCCGUUGGAGGUGUUUUGAUUGCCGCGCUCGGCAUUGGCCUUACCCAAGCCACCGGCAAUCCAGUGUACGAUGGCAUCGCCACGCUGUGCAUCAGCGGACUUUUGGGCACGGUGGCCAUCAAGCUGAUUCAACUCAACCACAGCUUUAUUCUGGGUCGAGCUGAGGUUGACUUUGAUGGCACUUGGCUGGCUGCCCAGCUCUUCCAGCAGUAUGAGGAUGCCUUCAUGUCGUCCUUUGCGGAAGGGGAGGACGGCUUUCGCAAGGCUGAGAUUCGCCAGGCGCACCCUGAGGCGGCGUACGUGGAAAUUGUUCCAGAUAGCUCUCAAAACACAUUAUCAGCGCUCAAGGCUAUGCUGCAGCGCAAGCUAACGCGUCAGGCCGAAGAGCUUCAGUCGCAGCUCACGCAUCACUCUGUCUCUGCGCCAUGGACUUUUGGUGCGAAUAGCGUUUAUGUCUCCAUGGGCCAGUUUGAAAAGGCCAUUCCCCAGUUUCAGACCUGUCUGCGCCACCGUGAAAUCAUGUCAGGUGCCGACAGCAUUCCCGUUGCGGCCGUACUGGAUCGUCUUGCGCGCUGUUAUCUGGUCCUUGGCGAUACCGGCAAGGCCGCCAACGUCAUCAAUCGCAGCCGCAAUAUCCUGGCCUCUAUCAAGUGGGCUGAUGCUACCUUGGCCGAGAAGAAUUUGUUGGCGUAUACCUAUGAUAAGCUGGCCAAAGUACUUGCCUUGUCGAACCAGCGUUUUGAGGCAAUGCAGGCCUUGGAGGAAGCAGCAGCCAUCAAGGCUCAGCAGGCUGGCAGCCGCCUAGUGGACCUGGAACUGAGUGAUACGCUGUACAAUUUGGGCAACCUACAGCUGAAGGACGCGUGA